UAUACAGUAACCUUCUGGUUUACCUAGAGUAUUCAAAAGGCUGAUGAAAUUUAAGUUAGGGUAUCUCUUUAUACGGUUCAGAGCUUAAGCCGGCCACUACAGCGACCGACUUCUCUCGCCGUCGAUUACCGGAUCGUCUCCGUUAUUGCGUGCUUCAUUUAGGUGUAUCAAGUAAGCAAUGAGUUCUUCACCGUCGUUGGAGAUUUUAGUUAGAGAAGCUGAAGGCUUCACUGUGUGGAAUGGUCCUCCAUUUACUAAUGGCCAGCCCACUCUCAAGCUUGAACGAGUUUCAUGCUCUAACACGAAGUUCAGUGUUGAUGGAUCGAAGUUAAUGGCGAUGAAAUCUGAUGGAGUUAUUAGUAUCUAUGAUGCCACCAGCUUGACAGAAGUGCGGUCAUUCACUAUAGCAAAUGUUACAGCUGCUGAGCUAUCUCCAUGUGGGACUUAUCUUCAGACUUUUCAAAAACCCACUACUCCCCAAGAGAAGAAUGUCUCCAUUUGGAAUACUGAGACAGGGGAUCUAGCACACAGUCAUUACCAAAAAUCCAUUACUAAAGCCUCAUGGCCAUCAAUUCGCUUCUGUCCUGAUGAAUCUUCUGCGUGCCGGUUAGCUACAAAUGAGGUCCAAUUCUUUGACCCGAAAGAUUUCUCGAAAGGAAUAACAUCCCGGAUCAGAGUUCCUGGGAUUGCUGCAUUUGAGCUUUCUAAAACGCCAGCUUCCCAUGUUGCUGUGUUUGUUCCAGAAUCAAAGGGGAGUCCAGGCAGUGUCCAGAUUUUUGGAUGUGGGGAAGAAUUGCAGAGCCAGCCAAGUGCUCGACGUAGCUUUUUCCGAUGUUCCUCUGUGCAGUUUAGUUGGAACCAUGGUUCCACUGGACUCCUAGUGGUUGUACAAUCAGAUGUUGACAAGACCAACCAAAGUUACUAUGGGGAAACGAAGCUACACUACCUUACAAUAGACGGCACACAUGAGGGCCUUGUUCCAUUACGUAAAGAAGGACCAGUUCAUGAUGUUCAGUGGUCCUUUUCGGGUUCAGAGUUUGCUGUUGUAUAUGGCUUUAUGCCUGCUUGUGUGACAAUCUUUGACAAGAAUUGUAAACCAUUGAUGGAACUUGGCGAAGGUCCUUAUAACACUCUUCGAUGGAACCCAAAAGGGAGAGUUUUAUGUGUGGCUGGAUUCGGUAACUUGCCUGGUGAUAUGGCCUUCUGGGAUGUUGUAAAUAAGAAGCAGCUAGGAAGUAAUAAAGCCGAGUGGUCUGUGACAAGUGAAUGGUCUCCAGACGGGCGUUAUUUCUUGACUGCCUCAACAGCACCAAGACGUCAAAUUGACAAUGGGAUGAAAAUCUUCAACUACGACGGAAAGCGUUAUUAUAAGAAGAUGUUUGAGAGGCUGUAUCAGGCUGAAUGGAAACCAGAGUCUCCAGAGAGGUUCGGUGACAUCAGUGAACUUAUCAAGUCAGUUGAAUCAUUGAAACUCGGCGAGGGCAAAUCGCAAGGACAAGGAUCAGCUCAGAAGAAAACUAUUGCCCCCAAUCCUAUUGCACAGAAACCGGCCGCAUAUCGACCUCCGCAUGCUAAGCAUGCAGCUGCUGUUCAAGCCGAGUUACUUGGAAUAAGCACAACAGGAGAGAUGAGCAAGAACGCUCUUAAAAACAAGAAGAAGAGGGAGAAUAAGAAAGCGGCUGCGGCUGCGGCUGCUGCUUCUGGAUCUAACAACGCCUGAUUGAAGAAAUCACACUCCGAUAUCAAAUUCAAUGGAGAUCACAGUUUUGAAAUUCAUUUGAUGGUAAUAAAGAUUCUAUAGAAGACAGAAAACAUUAUGUAAACAGUUGUUUUUUUUUUGUCAAACAUUUUUGUUGUCAGUUACCCGCCAAAAUCAUUUGAAGCCUAAGAAGAAAGAAGCCGAAAUUUUACCAGGUUAAAAGUGAAAAUCAUUUGUCACAUGUUAUGCUUGAACUAAGAAAUAAUUAUUGACUUGCAGAAUUAUCAAACGAUCAAAUC